UCCCAUUCCCACUUCUAGAAAAUUCUCUCUCAGGGUUAUAUAGAGCAGGAGAGUGUGUUACAGUUACACUAUCCUCAGGACACAACUCAGAAGAGCAACGCUGCAAAUCUGUGCCAGAAUGAAAAUCGCAGACAUCAAAACAUCUCAAGGCUGCUACAGCUUUUGGAGACAGACAGGAUGUGGAUGACUCACAUUGUAGCUCUUUGUCUUCUGGCCCUUGUGGCCUCCGCAGAGGACAAGAAGCUGAGCGGCCAUGCCACCACGCUGGCUGACAACAGCGCCAACCUGGCUUUUAGCCUCUACCACAACAUGGCAAAGGACAAAGACACAGAGAACAUCCUUAUCUCUCCUGUUGUGGUGGCCUCCUCUCUGGGGAUGGUGGCUCUUGGUGGAAAGGCCUCCACAGCCUCCCAGGUCAAAACAGUCCUCAGUGCUGACAAACUGAAGGAUGAGCAUCUGCAUGCAGGGCUGUCUGAGCUGCUCUCUGAGGUGAGCAAUGCCAAGACACGCAACACUACCUGGAAGAUCAACAACCGUAUCUACGGCCCAAGCUCCGUCUCCUUUGCUGAUGAGUUUGUGAAAAACAGCAAGAAGCACUACAAUUACGACCACUCAAAAAUAAACUUCAGGGACAAGAGGAGCGCUGUAAACUCCAUCAAUGAAUGGGCGGCAAAGUCAACAGAUGGCAAGCUGCCUGAGAUCACCAAAGACGUGCAGAACCCAGAUGGAGCCAUGAUUGUCAACGCCAUGUUCUUCAAGCCUCAUUGGGACGAGAAGUUCCAUGAUAAAAUGGUGGACACCCGUGGUUUCCUGGUUACUCGCUCAUUCACCAUUGGAGUUCCCAUGAUGCAUCGUACAGGUCUGUAUGACUUCUAUGAGGACACAGAGAACCGUAUCUUUGUGCUCAACAUGCCUCUGGGCCAGAAGCAGGCCUCCAUGAUCCUUAUUAUGCCCUACCACCUGGAGCCCCUGGAACGCCUGGAGAAACUCCUAACCAGGAAGCAGGUGGCCACUUGGAUGAGCAAGAUGGAGAACAGAGCAGUGGCUAUCUCUCUUCCAAAGGUCUCUCUGGAAGUCAGCCACAAUCUGCAGAAACACCUGGCUGAGCUCGGCCUGACUGAGGCUGUGGACAAAGCCAAAGCUGACCUGUCCAACAUCUCUGGAAAGAAGGACCUCUACCUAUCCAGUGUCUUCCAUGCUUCAGCCCUGGAGCUGGAUGUCGAUGGAAAUCCGUACGACACCAGCAUCUUCGGCACCGAAAAGCUGAGGAACCCCAAACUUUUCUAUGUGGAUCACCCCUUCAUUUUCCUGGUGAAGGACAACAAGACCAACUCCAUCCUUUACAUUGGCAGAGUGGUUAGACCUAAAGGAGAGAAGAUGCGUGAUGAGCUAUAAUGUUAAUGUUGGGUAAUUGGGUAGCUUUGUGAAAUUUUGUCAGGAUCCUGUGUGUGUACUUUUUGGUUUGACUGUUACCUCAUGAGCACAUUCCAGUAGACAAUCUGUGGACUGAAUAUCUGAACUAAAUGUUUUUAAACACACCUAACCUUCCCAGGGAACAAUUUUGUAUGUUUAAAUCUCAGUCUCAACACCCUUUAGACUGAAUAAUGUUCUUAAUCGCACAGAAAUACACCAGUGUGUGCCUCAUUUGAGAUUUCCAUAGGCAAAUGGCAGUUGGCACUCAGACAACAUGCUUAUAUUAAGUAUGAUCUCUUUUUCUUUACAUCCUACUUUUGUUGGUUCAGCCAUGAUUCACGUGCGUUUUCUUGCAUUAUCUUUAAUGUUUAAAGAGAGGUAGAUCUUUGCACAAGCUUGUUUUACAGUUCUGUCUCACUACUUCCUUUAACUGCCUCCAGUCUGCACUGCACUGCAUUGCUCCUCCGUACGAGAUGAGCUUGCAGUGGAAAGGUGAGGCAAACGUCUGGUGCUUUAUUUAUGGCCACUUGCCAACCAUACUGUGCCAUUUUGUUGCUGUAGGUAUUUUCCACAAAGAGGCUUUUUGGAAUUGUGCGAUUAUGUGAUAAUGUCUUGAUUUUUCAAUAAAAAUAA